AUGUCUGUUCAAGUCGGCUGGAUUGGACUUGGCGCCAUGGGUUCGGGGAUGGCAUCUGGCUACCCUGUCAAGGCUUAUGAUGUCUACACACCCUCCUUGGAGAAGGCUGCAUCGCUCGGCGCUGUUCGCUGUGACACCCCGGCUGCUGCUGCCGCAAAUGUCCAGAUCCUUGGUCUCAUGGUCGUCAAUGCCGAGCAGGUCCAGGACGUGCUGUUUGGUGCCGGAAAGGUUGCAGACGUUCUUGAGCCCCAUUCGUCCAUCAUUGUCUUCUCGACCGUACCCCCAUCGUUCCUUAUCAAGAUUCGGGAGCGCUUGGAUGCGCUGAACAAGGGCAUCGGGCUCGUUGAUGCUCCCGUCUCGGGAGGGUUUAUUCGGGCAGCGGAAGGCCAGCUCAGUGUCAUGGUCUCGGGGACAUUGGCCUCAAUUUCAACGGCCCGGCCAGUCCUUGACUCCCUUACUCGCCAGCCCAACGGCAAUCUCGCUGUCGUCGGAGACAUAGUUGGGCAGGCUAGCGAUUUCAAACUCAUCAACCAAGUUCUCUGUGGUAUCCACAUCGCUGUCACCUCGGAGGCAAUGGCCCUUGCCGCCAACCUUGGCUGUAACCCCCGCAAUGUGUACAAUGCUCUCAGGGAUCGGAGCUUCAUGUUCGGCCACCGAGUCCCAUGGCAACUCCAGGAUGACGGUGUCCCCAAGUCAGCUAUGACCAUCAUCUACAAGGACGUCGGUAUCGUCAACGACGAAGCCCGCGCUCUCCGCUUCCCAGCUCCUCUAUCUGGAGUUGCUGAGCAGCUGUUCACCGCUGCGCUCGGGGCAGGGCUGGCAAAGGAGGAGGAUGGCAACCUCAUCAAGCUCUGGAUGCGCUUCGGUGGCAAGUCGGUGGUGGAGUCGGGAACCGUCGAAGAGGAGGAGAAGAAGGCACAAGCUUCUCAGGGAGGCGACGAGGUGAUCAAGAUUAUCAGCGACCUGCUUAACGCCGUGCACACUGUAUCGGCUGCCGAAGCCCUAGCCUUUGCGCGGCACAAGGGUAUGGACCUCGAUGAGGUUUUCAACAUUGUGGGCACAUCUGCGGCGACGUCGAAGCCAUUAGUGGCAUUCAAGGACGAGCUCUCGUGGCCCAACAAGUUUGAGCCUCAAUCUGGGCAACCGACUGUUGGGCAGAUACUUGAUGACCUUGCAAAUGUCAUGAAGGAGGCCAAGAGGGUCAACACGCCCUUGUUCUUGACCCAAGCAGCGCAGCAGAAAUUCGCCGAAGCGGCGCUGAAAGGCUGGAGUGAUAAGGGCAGCAGUAUCAUUGGGCGCCUGUGGUUGUAA